AUGGCAGAUGGCACGCACACAGCCUUUUUCUACGGCACAUUGAUGGCCCCUCCCGUCCUUCACCGUGUAAUCUGGGGGCAGCCCACCCCGCCAACACCGGCCCACGCGUCCCUCCUCCACAUUCGCCCGGCCAUCUUACACGCCCACCAACGCCGCCAAGUUCGUCACGCAGACUACCCCGCCGUCCUACCCUCCCCUUCCUCAUCUGUGCGCGGCACCCUCGUCACAGGCCUCACAGACGGCGACAUCUGGAGGCUUGACAUCUUCGAGGGUGACAUGUACGAGCGGCGGAAAGUUCGCGUGCGCGUUCUGGAGCAGAAGGGCGGCAAGGCGGAAGAGGGCGAAGGCGGUAUGGGCGACCUCGCGGCUAAAGAAGAAGACAACAUCGAGGGCGAGGAGGUUGAGGCCGAGACAUACAUUUGGGUUGCACCUGCGUCGCAUCUGGAAAACGAAGAGUGGGAUUUCAGCGAGUUCGUGAGCCACAAGAUGAAGCGGUGGGUAGGGCGUGAGGCGGCGGAGAUGGAUGAGGGGUUUCAGGAUGUUGAUGAUGCGGUUGCGGCAGGGAAGGAUCCCACUGGCGGAAGGGGCGCGAACGGAAGUAUCACGAGGCAAUUAGAAAAGGGGGGAAAGACCGAGAAAGAGGCAUUGGAUGCUGCUGUAUAA